ACUAAUGAGACUAUCAUUGGUUAUUCAGGUUGACGUUGAAAGAUUAACCGCUCCAAAGCCGGAACUUUUAAGCGUUGAACGUUUUUAGACGGUUCAGUUGCGUAAAGGGACCUUAUGUUCCCCAGCUGAUCCUUCUCGAUAACGGCGGAUCAUGAGCAAAGAUUCCCAGAUGAGGGCUGCAAUAAAUCAGAAGCUGAUAGAGAUGGGGGAACGGGAGCGGUUGAAAGAGUUGCUCAGAGCGAAGCUGGUGGAGUGUGGGUGGAAGGAUCAGCUGAAAGCACACUGCAAAGAUGUGAUCAGAGAAAAGGGCCUGGAGCAUGUCACAGUGGAGGACCUGGUCACAGAGGUCACACCAAAAGGCAGAGCACUUGUACCAGACAGUGUGAAGAAAGAACUCCUCCAGAGAAUCAGAGCUUUUUUAGCUCAACAUGCAACCUUGUGAAUGACACACUUCCCUUUUUUUUUUUUUGUUUGUUUGUUUGUUUU